UCAGCAGUAGGUGGUGAGGUGAUACAGCCUGGCUUUCACUGUAGCCUGGCUCCCUGGCACCUGAUGAUGAGUUUGACCCCCUCCAGGGGAUGCCUCCUGGACCUGCCCUGGGAAGACAUCUUGGUUCCACAUAUUCUCUGUCAUCUGCCAUUGCGGCAGCUCCUGAGCCUGCAGAGGGUCAGCAAGUCGUUCCAGUCUCUCAUCCAGCUGUAUCUGGCCAACAUGCGCUGCUUUGACUCAAGCCAGAUCGGACCUGCCAUCCCUCGAGCUGCUUUCGUUAAUCUGCUGAAGGACAACGAAGUACUGCAGCAGCUGGCACUCCAGAACUGCUCCGAGUGGCUGACAGACAGGGAGUUGCUCCCGGUCAUUGGGCAGAACCACCACCUGCACCAGAUCCAGCUGAAGGGCUGUGCCCGCCCCAGCCGCCACGCGCUGGUGGCCAUCUCACUGAGCUGCCCCAACCUGCGCCGGCUCUCCCUGGCUCACUGCGAGUGGGUGGACAGCCUGUCCCUGCGCAGCCUGGCUGACCACUGCAAGGCAUUGGAGGCUGUGGACCUGACGGCCUGUCGCCAGCUGAAGGACGAGGCCAUCUGCUAUCUGGUACAGAAGUGCAGCAGGCUCAAGUCUCUGUCACUGGCUGUCAAUGCCAACGUGGGGGAC